UUUGAUUAAAUAAUGGGGAUCUUCGGCAGAUAUUUGUAUUGAGCAAAUAAAUAGUAAAUUUGGGAUUUUAUUUUGAAACUCAAAAUGUCAAAUAUCCGCUUUAGCCGUAUACUUCCUUGGCUAACUCGACUUUUCCUAAAACACUCAGACUCUUCCAGAUUGGAUGUGGGGAAUAUCUGGGAGGCGAACUCACGUCCACAGCCGCUGCUGUGACUAACGGCGCACCGAACCUUCUGCGGACACGUUUUCCCACACUCCGGGGAGAAAUUCCGCCUCGAAAAUCCCUAGAUUUAUUAUGCUAACAGAUGCCGUCCUCUAAAUAGUUGUCCGAUAAUGGCCGCAGACGUGGAUAAAACGACUUCAGAGGAAGAGCGAAAGAUAGAGGAGAAUGGGCUCCGAACCCCGGCCUCUGGGUCCAGGUUCUACAGGGGGGUGUGGACCCUCUUUAUGCUCUGUGCUGUCCCUCUUGUUGCUUAUGGGGUGAAGUACUACCAGGAUACACAGCUCCUCAAACGUCACGAGGAGAGCGUUCGUGUUCUGGGCGCCGAGGGCCUUUUCCUUUUCUCCUCCUUGGACACAGAUCAUGACCUCUAUCUCAGCCCUGAGGAGUUCAAACCAAUUGCAGAAAAGCUCACAGGGAUCAGUCCUCCGGCGGAUGUGGACGAGGAAGUGAUCCAAGACCCUGAUGGAGAAACGUUGACCUUGGAGGCUAAAAUGCAGCCCCUGCUGCUGGAUUCUAUGACUAAAAGCAAAGAUGGCUUCCUUGGGGUCUCCCACAGCUCUCUGAGUGGACUCCGCUCUUGGAAGAGUCCAGCCGUGCCUUCCUCUUCAUUCUUGGCCAGUCAGUUCAGAGUGUUCCUGCCCCCGAAGACCAAGGUAGACGUGGGGGAUACUUGGUGGGUGGUUCCCAGCGAGCUCAACAUCUUUACUGGAUACUUGCCCAACAACCGUUACCAUCCUCCCACCCCAAAGGGCAAGGAGGUUCUGAUUCACACCUUGCUGAGUUUGUUCCAUCCUCGGCCCUUUGUCAAGUCUCGCUUCGCUCCUCAGGGCGCAGUCGCCUGCAUUCGUGCCAAAAAUGACUUUUACUAUGACAUCGUCUUCAGGAUUCAUGCUGAAUUCCAGCUCAACGAUGUUCCAAAUUUUCCCUUCUGGUUCACUCCGGGCCAAUUCACCGGCAACAUCGUCCUUUCUAAAGACGCCUCCCACGUUCGACACUUCCACCUCUACGUUCCAAACGACAGAUCUCUGAACGUGGAUAUGGAGUGGCUUUAUGGAGCCAGUGAAAGCAGCAACAUGGAGGUGGACAUUGGAUACCUGCCUCAGAUGGAGCUACAAUCCACAGGCCCCUCCACUCCGUCCAUCAUCCUGGAUGAGGAGGGGAACGUCAUUGAUAGAAGAGACGGCAGCAGCGAGCCCAUCCAGUUUGUGUUUGAGGAAAUACACUGGACCUCAGAGAUCAGCCGGGAAGAAGCUGCUCGCCAUCUGGAGGUCACAUUUUACCCCUUUAAAAAGGUGCCAUACUUUCCCCUCCCAGAAGCGUUCGAGAAAGCUGAGGCAGAGAAGAAGUUGGUGCACUCCAUUCUCCUCUGGGGAGCUCUAGAUGAUCAGUCCUGCUGAGGUUCGGGGCGAACUCUCCGGGAGACGGUCCUGGAAAGUUCGCCCAUCCUGGCUCUGCUCAACCAGAGCUUCAUCAGCAGCUGGUCUCUGGUCAAGGAGCUGGAGAACAUGCAGGCUGAUGUGCAGCACCCAGAGCUAAGCGAAAAGGCUCGCUUACACCUGGAGAAGUACAGUUUUCCUGUGGAGAUGAUGGUGGCGCUCCCCAACGGAACCAUUGUGCACCACAUCAACGCAAACUACUUUCUGGAUCAAACUGCAAUGAAUCCAGAGGAGGAAGGAGCAACUGUCAGCUUCUCGUCCGGCUUUGAGGACCCAUCAACCUCAACGUACAUCAAUUUCCUGAAGGAGGGGCUGCAGAAAGCGAAGGAGUACACCGCACAGUAACACGCUUGCUGCUCCGAGGGAAGUGAUAAUUGUCCCACAUUGAAGAAAACAUCAAUUAUUUAAAGAUUGAAUGUCUGUGUCGGCAGCUGGAAAAGGGAUUUAGUAUUCUCUUUACUUUUUAAUUUAAUUUUUAGCUUUUUUUUAUGCAGUUAUUGGAUACAUUUUUUUAUUUCUGGAUGUUGCUUGGACAAAACAUGGUACUCCCACUAGUGUUGAGCACAAACACCACAUGGUUUCCUGUCAUUUCUUAAGAAUUGUGCAAUAGUUAACGGUGAGUCUUCAAGCUGCCGAGUCAUUCAGAGCCGGAGCGCUCUUUUGGUUUCCUCCAGACGCGUUUCUGCAGUUUGUGAAGUCUUGGUCUGAAAGCUCAGUCUGAGCCGGGCGAAGCCUGAUGUCAUUGCUGAAGCGUCUGACAGGAAACUCCCCGCUCUGACUCUCCUGACAAAAGCAGCAGGAAAACUGAAAUGGACUGCUAUUUUUUUGUGCUUAUAAAUGAAAUUCAAAAGGCGUGACCAUACCAAAGAGCACUGUUUAACAUAUGAAUCCACCAGGUGGGUGUAUGUCGACAAACAGCUGGUGUUUCUGGGUAAAUAAAGAGAUCUACUUGACAUUUCAAUGUAA